AUGAAUCAAGCCGGAAAAAUCGAUAAUAUUAUACCGGAUAACACUGAUAAUGAAAGAACUCCUAUACCCGAAGAAUCAGUAAUUCGAGGCUAUACCUCAUCUCCAAAAGUAAAUACCGAGAUUAUUCCCAAG